AUGAUAAAUGGUAAAAAGCAGGACGUUAAUACUGGAGAGCAGUCUUCACAGGUUACAAUCAUGAUGCACGGAGAAAAGUUGUUUCUCUCCGGAUUAAUAGCAUUGAUUGCGCUUUGCUCAGGCCUCAAUACGCCAAUAUAUUGGGUUGCUAUACCGGAGAUAAAGAAGCAUUUUGAUAUUACCGAGGAGCAGGCUAAUCUUACCAUAACAGCAUAUCUCGUAUUCCAGGCAGUAUCUCCAAUGCUUGUGUGCACUUUUUCUGAUAUAUGGGGUAGAAGACCGAUCAUUUUAUAUUGCAUGCUAGCUUCCUUGGGGUCAAACCUAGGAUUAGUACUCUGCCCAUCUUACGGAGUAAUGAUUUUUCUCCGGUGUUUGCUAGCAGCACAUGCAGCACCUCUAAUAGCUAUUUCCUCAGCAGUUGUAGGUGAUUUUACCACUCGAAUUGAUCGCGGUGGUUAUGUUGGCUUCACGUUUGGAUUCACAUUGAUAGGAAGUGGUCUUGCACCUUUUAUCGGUGCAUGCUUAGACCAAAGAUGGAAAUGGCGAGGAAUCUUUGCAUUUGCGGCCAUACUUAAUGCCAUUUCACUCACCCUUGCAUUUCUUUUUUUACCCGAAACCAGCCAUCCCAUAGUUGGCAAUAUGAGCAUUCUCCCAAGGCAUUUCAUCCACAAAUCACCGAUCAUAUAUAUUCGAGGAAGAAAGAGAAUUUGUGGUCUAGAAGCAAACACAACAAAGAAAUACAAAUUCAACAUUAAGGAAAUAGUUACAACUAUGAAGUUGCUCAAAGACCCGCUUGUCAUCUUUGCUUUGGUACCAAAUUCACUUAUCUAUGCAACAUGGACCAUGUCACAGGCAACUAUGUCACUUUCCUUAAGCGAUAGUUACCACUACGUGCCGAUUAAGGUUGGACUAUGCUUCUUGGCUCCCGGAAUUGCCUGCUGCACUAGUGCAAUACUUUGUGGAAAGUUGUUGAACCACGGAUACAAGAAACAACAUGAUGACGGGGAGAUUACAGAAGAGGAAACAGACUCCUCUAAUGAAAGCAGAGAGAUUCCUGACACUCAGACUCAAGAUCUAACCGUCAACUCGGAAAACUCUCCCAAUAACCAUCAACCAAAUAUUAUUAGGGCCCGCUUGAGAUAUUUCCAGCCAUUUAACUUGGGAGUGGUCAUAUCCUCAAUUCUAUACGGCUGGUCAGUAAAUCAGCUUUGGAAUGUCGCCACUGUUAUAAUAUUCACGGCAAUUCUGACAUUCUGUUCAGUGUACCCCCAGACAGCUACAAAUACACUUCUUGUUGAUUUGCAUCCCGAGAAUUCUGGUGCGGUUUCAUCGCUUAACAAUUUGUUUAGAUGUGGGUUGGGAUCCAUUUUCAUUUCCUGCCUUACCAAAAUGAACGGUUCCCUAACUAUAGGUGGAACCUACACUCUCAUGGCCGGAAUCUGCACUAUUUCAAGUCUAUGUUUGCCAUUCGUACUCAGACAAAGCGAUUCCAUAAUCAGAAAGAGUCCAGAAAGAUACACUGAUAACAAGGCCACACAAAAUGUAUAA